AUGGCAAAGAAAGAUUCUGCAAUCAAGAAAGCUCAAGCAGCUACGGCAGCAAAAGCCAACCAGUCCUCUUCUUCCACGACUACCAAUUCCGCCAGUAGCAGUGGUCACGAUUCAAUCAUUCCUCAAACAAAAUCCGUAACAACCACGUUCCAUGAAUUGCAAUUGGCCAUAAGUACAACCACAUCUGAUUAUUUCAACAAUUUAACUCCUAAAUUGAAAUUGAUUGAUUUAUUUCUUGUAUUUUUGGUGAGUUUGGGUAUUUUACAAUUUAUUUAUGUCCUUUUAAUUGGAAAUUUCCCCUUUAAUGCAUUUCUUGGUGGGUUUGCUAUAUGUGUUGGACAAUUUGUAUUGUUGGUUAGUUUAAGGUUACAAAUUAAUGAUAGUGCUGAGAAUAAAGGUGGUAAUAAUGCCAGGGCCAAGAAGUCCAAGAAGAAUGAAAAAGUUGAUACAGUUGAUGAAAUUGAUGAAAUAGAUGACGAUGUUGAAGACGACGACAGUGAUGAUGCAGAUGCAGUUGAUGGUGGUAGUGGCAAGUCCAAGAAGGUGUUUACAGGAAUUUCUCCUGAAAGAUCAUUUGCUGAUUUCAUAUUUGCUAGUUUGAUCUUACAUUUUAUUGUCAUUCACUUUAUAAAUUAG